AUGGGAAAAUUAGGAAAUGUUGGUAAAUCACUCAUCGAACAACAACAUGAUGAAAGGAAUACGAAACCGUUAUUGCGUUGGGCAUUAUUACUAGCAUUAAUACUGAUAAUGUUUGGUGGUGCACUGGUACCUACGGAAACAGCAUCGUCCUCUCGUACUUAUGGUUAUGUGAAUAUUAAAUUAGUUUUAUUUGGUAUUGGAAUUGGCUUUGCCUUCGACCCAGGUGAUAAAAUUAUGCGUGAUUUAUUAGGCGAUAAUAAACUUAAAUUGAUGAAUCAUUGGGAUUGGCUUUGGUCAUAUAUGGUUCCAUAA